AUGGAGAAAGAACCAUCAGACCAGAUGGCGCGCAUUGCCCGCGAGAUCUCUAUGUCACCAUCGACAUACGAGAAAAUCUAUCUCUCGCCGCCGACUAGCGACACUCGACAGCUGCGCAAGACCUUUGCCAACCCGACUCCUUUGUGCCUUCUAGGCUUCAUCAUGAGCCUGGGCCCGUUGUCCUGUGACCUCAUGGGUUGGAGAGGUGCCGGAGGAAAUGGUUCCUCGUCCAUCGGCGUAUUCUUUUUCAUGGGCGGGCUUCUGAUGAUCAUCGGAGGCGUCGGUGAAUUCAUCCUAGGAAACAGUUACCCAUUUAUUGUCUUCUGCGGCUUUGGAGGAUGGUGGUUGAGCUUCGGGGCAACAUUGAAACCUUCGUUCGGAGCGUAUGGAAACUACUCGCCUGAUGCUGCGGAUGCUGCGGCCGGGUUGUCAACCACCGGUUUCCUGGCUGGAUUCGGUAUGUGCACCUUGCAGGAUGGCAACUUGCUCAGCGAGUCAUUGGAGACAAAUUAG